GUCCAUAUGUCAUUCAAUAUUUGAGGCUUUUUCGCAUUAAAUCCAAUUGUUUUUUUAUUUUGACAGUAUUCUCAAAGAAUUUUUUCAAAUAAAUAUUUUAAGCACGUCAUAGACCUUGCAUCGCUACAUUUUCGAAAAAAAUUAAUCCCCGCCAGUAUUUAUAAAUUUCACUAUUGAAAACGUAUGUGCGUAAAGCCAAGCGAUGUCAGCAUUCACUUGUAGGCUACAAAAAAAUUCGGAUGGAAUUAAGAGCUCCAGAUCUAAGAAUAAGAGGAAUAAUAAAAUGGAUGCCGUUUAUUUAGCAGAAAAUGAACGCUUGCCAUUACAGCAAAAAAUCAGAGAGUUCUUAACAGGUAGCGACGAGGAAAUCGUAUUGCAUGGUCUGACAAAUUUACACCGAAAAUUCCUUCAUCAAUAUGCUGCCCGCCUAGGCCUAAAAUCCCGCAGUUACGGUAAAAAAGAUGACCGGCAAAUGCAUAUUAGGAAGUGUCGUCGUCUAAUUUUCUUAGGUGACGCUCACGCGCUCGGAUUAUCGCCGACAACACGAGAAGUUUUACUUUCAUUGGUGCCUGCAGUACAGUCGCAGUUUAUCGCUAAUCAAACGUUGGUGCAAUCUGUUGGUUGCCAACAACAACGGCAGUUGCGUGGAGAGGCUUUAUCGUUGUCAUUAGGUCCUCAUAUGGUCCCACCACGGCCUCAACGUAUUUCCAGUGAAUUACUUCGCGACAAGCAGGAGCUGCCUAUACAUCAUUUCCAAAACGAAAUCCAUCAGAUAUUAGCGCAUCACAAUGUAUUUAUUAUUAACGGUGAGACGGGUUCGGGUAAAACGACUCAAGUCCCGCAGUAUAUUUUAAGUGAGGCGACCAGACGAAAUCGGCCAUGUCGUAUUAUAGUAACUCAACCGCGUAGAGUAGCCGCUGUAUCUGUUGCCAACCGUGUGGCUGAAGAAAGAGGGGAGGUUUUAGGCGAAACUGUAGGCUACCAAAUACGCAUGGAAAGUCGUGUCUGUAAAACAACAAAUUUAAUUUACACUACUUCCGGUUGCUUUUUGCGUUCCAUAAUGGCGGAUGUCUCAGAUUUAUUUCGCAAAGUAUCUCACCUGAUCAUUGAUGAAAUUCAUGAACGUGACAAAAACACCGAUUUUACUCUAAUAAGCGUUAAGGAGCAACUCAAACUGAAUAAAGAUCUUAGAGUCAUUCUAAUGUCAGCCACUAUGGAUAUUCAUUUGCUCUCCAAGUAUUUCGAUGAUUGUCCAGUGCUUAAUGUACCGGGUCAGAGUUUUAAUGUGAAAACUUAUCAUUUGGAAGAUAUAUUAUUUUACACGGGUUAUCGUACCGACUUAAUGGACAAAUAUUUGCGUUCCAUGGACGAUAUUCAGUUGCAAAACCUGCCACCUAAUGAAAGUAUUUUAAAUAAUACGAAUCCGGAUCGUUUGGAUGAUGAAGCAUUGCAACAAAUAUUCGAUUUACUUAUUGAACAAUGUUGUACUUUAGGAAACAACAGACAAAAUGAAGUCUACGAAAUGUUUGAUCAGAUGCAGUAUUACAUUGAAAGUGAGGGAAUGUCUGUAAAUGUUGGUCAUUCUGUAACAGGCAUUACACCUUUAAUGGCCGCAUGUAAAUGCAAUAUGCCGGAGUAUGUGCGUUCGCUAAUUCUACGGCAAGCCAACGUCAGCAUUCGAGAUAGAGAUGGUUACGAGGCUAUAGAUUAUGCUCGUCUUCACUCCGAUUCUAUGUGCUUGCAGAUUCUCACGAGUUCCUGUAAUAAUGUUCGGCUUAUACGACAGCAGCAUGAGCUUAGCCAGCAAGAUAGAGACAAGCAUCGCCUGCUCGCCGCUUAUCAGCAACAAUUCAACGACGACAAUGAUGUGGAUCAUGAUUUGAUUUUAUCACUUUUGGAAGGUCUUUACCGUAGUUCACAUCCCGGCGCUAUUAUGGUAUUUCUACCAGGCUAUAACGAUAUUGUUCAUCAGAAAGACCUUAUACAAAGCACCUUGCCUGGCGGUACGUACAUAAUUUGCAUUUUACAUGGACAAAUGGAUUCGAAAGAUCAAUGCAAAGCUUUGCAAACGCAUUCGGUACGGAAAAUUAUUCUAUCUACUAACAUUGGUCAGACUUCUAUUACGAUACCGGAUUUAGCUUACAUUAUAGAUUCGGGAAAAGUUAAAAUGAAUACCUUUGAUUCGAUUACCGAAUCUUCACAGCUGCAAUUAGUGUGGAUAUCACAAGCGGAUGCUUGCCAACGUGCGGGCAGAGCCGGUCGCACGCAAAAUGGCAUUUGUUAUCGUUUAUAUUCAAAAGUCAAAUACCAGUUUAUGUCGCAGUUUAGCAUACCAGAAUUUAUGCGUAUACCUCUAACCGAAAUAUGCCUUUACGCCAAAAUUUUGGAGCCGCAGAGCGCUGUUCAAAAUUAUCUUGCUAGAGCUCUAAAUCCUCCUUCCGCGUUAAGUGUACAAAAUGCUCUAAGAAAAUUGAAAAUUUUGGGAGUUCUUAAUAACGAUGAAUCGGUGACCGAAUUGGGUAGACAUUUGGUUGACAUACCGCUUGACGUUCAAUUGGGAAAAUGUUUGAUGUAUGGUGUAUUUCUGAAAUGUUUUGAUCCCAUUCUCACCAUAUGUGCUUAUCAUUCUGUCAAAGAUCCCUUUGUGUUGCCGGGUGAUCGUUCUCUUCAAGGUCAAGUCUCUUUUUUACGCAAAUCUUUUGCCGGUGAAUCAUUUAGUGAUCAUAUGGGUAUACUCUCUCUUUAUAAAAACUACAUCUCUGCGCGCAAUUCGCCACGCAAAGUGAAAGAAUUUUGCGCGAAAUAUUAUCUCUCCCAAGCAUCCAUGGAAAUGUUUUGUGCGAUUCGCAGACAAAUCGGUGAACUAAUGAAACAGAAAUUUCCUCUGGGACAAGGAAGUCGAAUUCACAACACAAACUGGCUUAUGAUACAAUUAUGUUUGGUAUCUGGCUUUUAUCCAAAUGUGGCGGUCAUCGAUCGUACCAACGCAAAAUUGAUAUGUGGAGCCGAAAAGCAAUUGGUCUUGCAAAGAACAUCUGCAUUAAAUCCGCCAGGUAAAAAACACUUGAGAGAGUUUAUUCAACAGCUACCGCAUGAUUGGAUUGUAUUCUUUGAGAAAUCGCGUAUUUCAAAUACGUGCUCUAUCAAUAUGAACACUGUAGUGCCGCCUUUGCUGAUAGCCCUUCAGUGUGGUCAUGAAUGCGAUAUUGAUGAAGAUGUCAGCGAAGAGAAUUCGGAUGAUGAUAAUAAUUCCGAUUUUUCCGUUUGGGUAAAUCCUGGUAACGAGAAUGACAACUUAUCGAAUAAUUGCGAUCCAGCGCAAAGGCAACUAAUCAAAUCCCUUGCGAGCGUUCAUAUCGAUUCUUCGGGAGAAGAACGCAAAGCAAUUAUGUCCCUGGAUAAUUGGAUCAAAUUUGAGUUGAGCAUAACUGAUGCCAAAUUGUUACAAUUAAUGCGCACUGCUUUAAGGGAUCAGUUUCAAAUAUUUUUGUAUUCUGGACAAAAUACCACCAACGCAGCUUUCUAUGUACAAAAACUUUUAAAUUCUUUGCGCCCUAUGGACUACGUCAAAAAAGCGAAUGAAUAUUUGUAUUAGUUUUUGGCGUUAGUAUAAUUUUAGGCGCUUUUAUUUUCCAUAUUUUAAAAUUUUGGGUUUG